AUGCCGCGAGUGGUCCUAGCAUGGUUGACUGCUGUGAUAUUGAAUUCUGCUGUGCUUUUGCUUCCAGUCUCAGUUGGGCAUGCAUUGCUGUUUGCCAUUCCUCAACUACCAGUUGGACUGAAGUCCAACGAUCUGUUUUCUAUCACUGUUGGACUCUGCAUCAUAUCAACCAUCACCGCCGCCUGUAGAGAUUUAUCUACCCACGUGAUUUCGGGGAAAACAUGCCUUCUAGCUUUGCAGAGGCAUCUGCUUGUCUGCAUAUGGAGCGUCGUCAUUCCACUCCUGACCGGUUUGCUGGUCGAUCUAUCACUGAUAUCGCCCUUCUUCGUCGGUUCUGACGAUGAAUUCCCAGCCACGAGCUUUUUCCGCACUUGGCUCCUGGGGUGCAUCUUUAAGCAACUAUGGAUCAAGUGCUUCGUUGACAAAAGGUGGAAGGCAAAAAUCGACCGGGCGAAGGAAGAUCUCUCCUCGGAGCUCAGGCCAAUGUGGUGGUUCUUUCAGGAGGUAUGCAUGCCCGUCGUCGCGAGGCUGCUCGCCGCCCUGGGUGUCCCCUACGUUCUCGCCAGGGGCGUCUUCCCUGGACUGGGCUACCCCGCCGACAUGAACUCGACGGCCUACCGCUUUGCGUGGUCGGGCGGCCUUGGUGUCUGCAUGCUCUGCUGGCUGACCAAGGCGCUGUGUGCCGUGCUCCAUGAUUCCAUCAAGGACGACCGGUACGCGGUCGGCCGGAGGCUGGAAGACGUGGAAUGA